CGAAAGUCGACUGCCGUUCUGUUCGGUGCGGGAAAUCGUCAACAGUUUCGCAGUGGGCCCAGAGAGAUCAAUUGCUUGGGAUAGCAGCAGCUGUAGCUGGGGCUUGCAAAGCCCUCCGGGACAGCUAGGGACUAUUAGGACCCUGCAGAGAAGUGCAUAGAGUUGUGGUUCGGUGGAAGGACGUUCGGAAUGAUUGGGUGGUGAUUAGUAGCUGAAAAUGGGUGGAUGAUCCGGAUUUUUCUCAGUGGUUUGCUGUGGAUUACCAACGAGUGCUUAUGAGUUUUUCGAAUUAUUGAGUGUGUGAUAUCCAGUUUCAAGUGAACCGGAAAGAUUUUUUUUUGUCCAGAAUAAAUAUUUAUUGAAAAUACUUCAAAAAAAAAAUCAACGAAAAUCGUUCUUGAGUUUCAGUGUGAAAUGAGUGGCAUGCGUGGUCGUACAAACUUUGAAAAAUAUGAAAAUUUAUAUUAGGUGAUAGUGUAAAAAGUGAAUGUUACCUGUUUGUCUCCUAAAAGUUCAUAUAUCACAUCGCAUUGAGGAUAUUCCCAGCAUCGCACAAUACCCCAACCGAUCGAUCGAUCAAAAUGCCAUGAUUCAUCGAAUACCGCUCUGAAACGCCCCAAAACCGGAAACCUUGCUCAUUUGCUCCACUGCUAGCGUGAGCCAAGGUUAGACAGAAGCGCGAAUUCUUCAGAUUAAUCUCAGUGUUCACUAACGGCAACAAAAUGGCUGCCUUCGCUGCAAUUAAGGAUCGCGCCUCCAACGUUUUUGGCGGCUUCGAGAAGUUCCAGAUGCCGCCACAGCACGGGUACGACCACAUGGGUGGUACCGGGCUCGGUGAUGGUCCCACCUACGUUCCGGCAGACGACGGUGGCGGUGAUUCGCCGGUAUCGUUCGAGGAAAUUGAACGGCCACCGUUGCGUCACAUUGACAAGUACGUUCGGGCGGAGUGUCCCUGCAUGAAAACGACCCGCUUCACGGUGGCCCUGAUGACCUGUAUGGGGUUCAUCAUUUCUUUCGGAAUGCGGUGCAACAUGGGCAUGGCCAAGCUGCAGUUUGAGACUGGGGAGGUAAAGUACAACUGGACCGUUGCCAUGGAGAGUGCCGUCGAUUCGUCCUUCUUCUGGGGCUAUCUGGUAACUCAGGUUCCAGGUGGUUUUCUGGCGUCCAUGUUUCCCGCAAAUCGAAUCUUCGGCACUGCCAUUGCCUGCUCCUGCUUCCUCAAUCUGCUCGUGCCAGGUGCAAUGAUGCUCCAUCCGACGGUGGUAAUCCUGGUGCGUGUACUUCAGGGACUCGUUGAGGGUGUAACGUAUCCCGCUUGCCAUGGUAUCUGGCGAUUUUGGGCUCCCCCAAUGGAACGUUCCCGGCUAGCAACGAUGGCCUUCAGUGGUUCGUAUGCCGGGGUCGUGAUAGGGAUGCCCAUGUCCGGAAUCCUAACCGGGUGGAUCAGUUGGCACGCACCAUUCUACUUCUACGGUCUGAUGGGACUGGUGUGGUACUGCUUCUGGCUGUGGCUUUCGUUCGAGAAACCCCGCCAGCAUCCGACAAUCACACUGAAAGAACUGAAGUACAUCGAAAAAUCGUUGGGCGAGUCGGUGCAGCUACCAAUGCCGACGAUUGCCACGACGCCUUGGCGGGCCAUGGCCACUAGCCUGCCAGUGUACGCCAUUAUUGUGGCCAACUUUUGCCGCUCGUGGAAUUUCUAUUUACUCGUGCUGUAUCAAAGUGCAUAUCUUAAGCAUUCGUUUGAUUUUAGGAUUGAAGAGACUGGUAUAUUAGGAGCACUGCCGCAUUUGCUGAUGACAAUUAUUGUACCGUUCGGGGGUAUGCUUGCCGAUUUCCUGCGUAAAUCCGGGCUGAUGACGACGACCAACGUUAGAAAGCUCUUCAAUUGUGGUGGUUUUGGUCUGGAAGGAUUGUUCUUCUUGGUCAUAGCACACGCAACGAGUCCCAUGGGAGCAGUAACUGCACUGACGAUUGGCGUUGCCUGUAGCGGCUUUGCUAUCUCCGGUUAUAAUGUAAACCAUCUGGACAUCGCACCCCGAUAUGCCAGUAUUCUGAUGGGAAUGUCGAACGGUAUCGGAACCAUCGCCGGUCUGAUAUGCCCUAUAGCGAUUGAUCAUUUGACGCGAGGACAGCCGAAAUCCUGCUGGUCCACAGUGUUCACGAUAGCAGCCACGGUUCAUCUGGUUGGCAUCACCUUCUACGGCAUAUUUGCCUCCGGCGAGCUGCAACCGUGGGCCGAACCGACAUUGGACGAACAGAAAGCCUGGGACCCGGUGGGAACUGGUUACGAGAAGGAAACGACAUUCAACGAUCCUGGGGGAGCGGGAGGUGGUUUAGCACCUGGCGGUGCUCCAUCGAUGGACCCGACGGCACAAAUUAACAGCACCAAAACCGUUAGCUACGGCGCUAUGUCCCACGUGGCCGGCAAUCCGUUUGCCAAUCCGAAUGCCUUCAGCGAGGAGGCGGUUCAACCUGAGGCCAAAGACUCCUACUUACACGGCAAUCCGGUCGAGCGUUCGUAUUGACCUGUGCGACUGAAGAAAACGGUAACGUUCAGCUUAAGUUAAAUCAACAUAGUAGAAGUGAGUGGUGGUAGGGUUUUGCUUGGUUUACAAUUGGUCUAUCGUGGAAGGUCUGCAAAGAUUCGAAUGACUCCAGUAGAAUGGACUGGGCCAGUUGUCGUGAAGGAAUUGUUUUCUUCGUUUAUUGUGAUCUUAGGUAGUUAUUUCCGGUAUCAACCAGUCUCUUCGGUGUAAUGGUUAGGAGCGUAAGUAAAACAAAUUCAGCAUUGAACGGUGAUAUAUCACAACACUAACUAUAGUUUAGCUCGAGUAACCGAAGUCGUGGAAAUUGAAACAAAAAUUUACCCUGCUUAAGCAAUUACAAUUUAGAUAGUGCUAGCUAACAAAGUAUUGAACGACUAUGAUUAACAUCCAAAUUAAUUUAGGAAACAGAUUUAAUCAAUUCUAUUAAAUAUUCAUAUUAACUCUUAAAAUGAAAAAAAGAAGAUGAAAUAAUGGACAAGUAACUGUACAUAUUACUGUGAAAUAGUAGCGACACCUGUUGAAAGCUUUACAACGGCUGGAUAAUAUCAAAAUCACUACAGUUAGGCAAAGUCUGUACAUUAAUACGAGUGCAAUAGCUGUUUUAGACCACUGUCCCAUUAGUAGGAAAUUUCCAAAUUAUUGUUUCAGCCCCUUCAUAGACCCGACCCAACUAAACAGUUUAGGUUUACAACGGAGGUAAUCUUUCUAUUUGGGUUUGUAAAAACGAUAUUUCUUUCAACUAAAAGAGUCAAUUUCAAACUUGUACACACACAAAAAAAAAGAACAACGGUUUAGUAAGUAAGACAAUACUGCUUAGAGGGACAGGAAGCUGCGAAUGCGAGCAAUCUUUAUCGAUCAUAGUACUAACUACGAAUUACACAUUUUUGAGGGACACAUGUGCAAAUGUUGUUUUAGAGGUAAGUUAGAAAGUUAGCGUCUAUAGAAUGAGUCGUCGAUUAUCGUUCAAUAUUUAAGUGAAACUUCAAUCUUUUUCAAAUUAUUCGCCAGCAAUUGUUAUUAAAGAAAAGAGAAACCCCGAAAGUUUUGUGGGCGUUUGUAGGCUACGGAACUUUGCCACUGCACUGUUGUUGGAGUUUACAAUAUGUUUGGUUCUCACAGUUUACCUAUUGAAAAUACUUCUUCCGCUGCUCUGUAAUCGACUCCGCGAAGCUAAGUAGCAUGUGAGAUUUCGUGAUGAUAGUCCCGUUUCUUUAAGCACCAGAUCUUCCUAUCACACUUUCGAACGCUAUAUUGACCAACAAGUCAAGAAGUGUGUUUCCCUGCUUCAAUACAUCGUCACAAACGAUUCGGAUGCCUUCCCAACUAUUCUGAAAUUUGAUUUUUGCACUUGCAUCAUUCUUUGUCCGGCUUUAUACUGCGAGAGGUCAGAUGAACUAGGCGAAUGGCUUUAGAUGACGUUCAGUUCAUUUGUUUUGAAAAGAUCUUUGGAUCUACCGUUCUUUAAAAGAGCAUUCCUGUCCACUAGAUCUUUAUAAAGAACUAGUUCGUUUGACCGGUUAACGAACCAAUAGCUCAUCUUCUCUACUACAGACAGUCAUUCCUCCUGGUAUGGAGAUGUUAAUCAACCUUAGACGAUCGUCGUUGGUUGUUGAGUGGAGGCUCUUCUUAGAAAUAAUUUCCUUCCGACCCGUGCAUUUGUUUCCCCCGAAGAGUUGUGUUAGAAUUAGAUUAUAUUGGUUCAACUGUCAUGUUCCCCGUUUAUAGUUGAGGAUUUGUUCCAUGCCAUGUCUUCUCGUAAUUUCUCUGAUCGGAAGGAAAAGAAAAGGAGGAAGAAGGAAGCAAUUACAAUUGGAAGGGAGAAAAAAAUGACAGCACAGAAACAAACCGUAGGAAAUUAAACUCACAGGUAGUGUAGAUCGCCUGCGAGAAAGCCUAAGACUCUUUACCGCACUGGAUUAAAAACAUUAAUAAUUAUGUUACUAAGUUUCAGUCGCCCAAACACAUUUUUGUUUUAUAGGGAUAGCCGAAAACUCGAGACCGCAAUAGCGCAGUUACACAUCAGAUGGUAUAACGUUCUGUAGCCGGAUUCAAAAAAGAUCACAUGAAAAUCGCUCAGAGCGCUGAAUAAUUGCCACGUGGUAAUUGAGUUUGCAGCCCGUUAAAGCCCUGAUUAGCAUGCUACAGUGUUGUUUCAAAAAUUGUAAGAGGUUUUUCGAAAACACUGAGUCGUGUUCGAUGGGAGUGAUUCCGCUCAUCCCUUCGUGCUUCGAGCAGGGUUACCAAAAAUACAGAAUAAUCUGUAUUUAUACAGAUUUUUCAGCCAUUUUCAGACCAAGAAUUUGUGUGUACAGAUAUACAGAUUUUUCCGUGUAUGUACAGAUUUACAGAUUUUUGAGAAAUGAUGUUACAAAAACUAUUUUUAGAAAUAUUUUUUAAGUUUCAGUAAUACUUCCUCUCUGUCUCUCUCAGCUUAGCCCUCUUUAUUAAAAUAUAUUUUCACUUUUGAGAUUGGUCGCUCACUCUGAAAGGUAAAGGUUUGCAAUACACUCAGGUUAGCACCCAGAAAACGCCUGGCUGAAAGCUACUUCCAGAAAUGUUAAUUGUAAUGCUCUGUGACUUUGUUAUUUUUUAUUUUUUUCCGAAAAUUCGACAGCUACAUUGGUCGACUAAAUGUUUAUAAUAUUAUAUAUCAACAAAAGUCAUUAAAUGAAGAAGAAAAUUAUUUUUCCAUUGUGCACAUCGAUAAAGUUCAAGUUUCUGGAUGUAAAAUAUCAGAACGACUUGUAGACGGCGCCGGUGGUUGAGUGGUAAGCGUUACCGCAACUCAUUCCAGUUGUCUGGGUUCAAUUCCAGCCGAGGUCGUUGAGAUUUUUCUGAGGUGAAAAAGUCUGUGGUCACGUCUUCCUUCGGAAGGGAAGUAAAGCCGUUGGUCCCCGGUCUAUGUAUGAGUUUGGUGGAUCGAUAUCUAGUCCAGAUAGUGAAGUCACCUCUCUGGCGUCGUUAAGGAAGAAGUAGAUCCAACUUCUAUACACUUACUAACAAAAACAUCCUCCUCCUAUGAUACUUGUGGAGUGCGCAGUAGUAUAUUCGGCCUCUAACAAAAGCAAGUAUCGGACUAACCAUUCCUUCCCUUUCCUUCCGCGAUCUACGGUCGGGCUUGGCCGGCGCCGGUAUUGAACAAUAAACACUUUAGGAUUAUCAGGAGUUGCACAUUGAAAGAUAUUUCGCUACUCCCAAGCAUAAUUAUCUACUUAUUCUCUGUUCAACUUCAGCUAGUCAAGAUCGAUAACGGAGUAGCAGCCAAAGGUGGUCGCACAAGCUCAAGUUCAAUAUCAGAACGACUUGUAGUGUUUUUUUUAUGAAAAUGUAAACAGUCCUUGCUUGACUGAUUUAAACCACAAGAAUUAAUCGAUAGAUAAUCCAGCAAAAGGUUAAACGACUCAACUGAUUCGAUACAGAUAUCGACACAGAAUUUUCGAAGAGUAAAUACAGAUGAAAAGAUUUUUCAGGACAAAAAUACAGAUUUAAUAUUGGCAACCCUGGCUUCGAGUCAGCCGCCUCGCCGACCUCUUGCUCUUGCUGCUUUCUUUUUGUCCAUCCUCUUGUUGUGUUGGUUCCUCGAAGUGCUGCUUCCAAAAGUCGCUGAUAGAAUGCGUGCGUAUUUCAGAGGAGAGCUAUUUAUAGCUAAACUGAAUCAGGAGAACGACGCCGCUCCUUGAGCCAGGUUGCCACAUUGAAAUCUGUAUUUUUUCGUCAAAAAAUCUGAAAAUCUGCAUCGAGGAAGAAAAAUUCUGUAUCGAAAAUCUGUAUUCAAAAAUUAACCAAAGGAUCCCCAAAAAACAAUGUUGUGACAAUGAAAAAUUGAUUAUGAUAACCGAUCACAAAUAUAUCAAUCAGAUUGAUUUUAGUCUUUAUCUGGAGAACAAAUGAUAUCUAAAUUUGACAUUUUUGUUCCACGCCUUAAUGGUUGCUUACGAUCUGAACUGUUGGGUACUACAAACCUGCACUGAAAAUCUGUAAAACCUGUAUAUUAGCCAAAAAUCUGUAAUCUGUAUAUACAGAAUCUUGGUCGUAAAUAAUCCAGAAAAAUCUGAAAAUACAGAUUAAUCUGUAUAUGUGGUAACCCUGCCUUGAGCUGCUCUCGCAGUUCGUGAGAGCAGAGCACUUGAUAUUUUGAAGCAAUAUUCACACCUACAUAUUUACACAGUGUGGAUGCUCGAAUACACAGUAAAGCGCGAUUCAGACGAUACAUCAGCUUCCGUCAACGUCAACGGAACGUCACCGUUCCGUCAGGAUAAGUUAAAUACUUUUCUCUUGCGUCCGUUCACACAUGCCGUACGUCAAAACGUUCCGUGCCGUUGAUGUUGUGUGUGAAUGCCUCCAUUUAACUGCAUGUAACUUAUCCUGACGGAACGGUGACGUUCCGUUGACGUUGACGGAAGCUGAUGUAUCGUCUGAAUCGUCCUUACGGGGGAGUUAUUACGUAUUUCGGCAAUAUUUGAAAAGGGCUAUAUCUGAACAUUUCAAAAGAUUUAUUUUUCGCAAGUAUUUUAUAUUGCUAUUUACCUUUAUUUAUAUCCAUUUUUUAUGUUAUUGUUCUUCUCACUACACACUGGACACGGUUUUUGCCCGAAAAGCUUUUCUUUGACGACAUGCUUCUAGAUAGCGUCAAAAGUUUCAAGGGUCGGUUGAAGCCCAAGACCGGAUCUUCUCUUUCAUCCAACUAGUUGAAAUUGGCAAAGCAAACUCAGAACCAACAAAGUCAAUUUCUGCGUUUGCUCUGGCCAAUUGGUUGGCCCAUUUAUUACCACUGAAACCGGAGUGUCUGGGCACUCGAACGACGUUGUCAAUGCUAAGUUCUUCUAGUUAAAUCUGGCCGUUUUAAAAUAUCGAAAAGAACUACGUUCUAUUGAGAAUAGAUUCCCAACCAAAUGUUCCAGGUAUAUCAAACAGAAAAAAAUUAAGCUUUUUAAUGGUGUAAUUUUUUCUUGGUAGGUGGGUUUGAACUCCUUGAAAAAUUACAUUUUAAAAUGAAAUUAAAAAUGCCGCAAAAUCCAACAUGCCAACAUUCCAUUUUAUAAAUUUUAAUUAUGGGAUUAGGUGUUCCCAUUCCAAAGGUAUGAUUAUCCAGAGCAAUCUCUUCAUUUCUUAAUGAGUUAUUGCAGUUUCUGUGAACCAUAAAUUGCUGGAAAUCGGAAAGUUCGCGAAUAUGUUCGUGCUAUUAGUCAACGGGAAGCUUAACGAUUUCAGCAUCCUAUACAGGUUUCUUAAUCAGGAGCACGAUGAAAUGAGAAUCGAAAAUUCACUUAUUGUGGCCCAUGUAAAAGCUAGGGCCCGGUUUCAGCGAAAUUGGCCCCAAAAUUUCAAAAAAGGGUGGGCUGGUGGGACCCCAAACUCUUAAUAAAAAUCCACGAAAUUCCGGCUCCAAGAUCAUUUCAUGGAAUCACGUCCAAAACAUUUCGUGUUUUUCUUGACCCACUCUAAUGCACAUUCAUCUAAUGCUCUAAUGCUCAUGUUCCAAGUUGGGAAGUUUGCUCUACGCUGAAAAAUGCUCGUCAUCAUAUGUCACACUUGAUUCAGAGUGGGAAGAGAUUAGGAUUUCGCAUUAUAUAUAUAAAAUAUUAUCAGCAGUGACAUUAGACCGAGCCAACCAUUAUCAUUUCACUGAAAUAUUGAAGAUGACCCUAAUUUUUUCCAGUUCCGAAAGUUUCACAGUUCCGUUUACAUAGUAGACUAGGUAUUGCGAGCCAUGGGUGAGUCGAUAUCAGUACCUCCUCAAACGCUAGAAGUCUUUUGAAGGCAUUUUUUUGAUAGUUUGAUGGUGUUGCCAAAGAUUCAUACAAAAAUAUACGUUUAAUUAAUAACACGACGCUGAAAAUCAUUCUAUAGAGUACUAGUAGUUCACAUAGGAAAAUUCAAUCAAAUUAAGGUGAGAUGAUAGUGUAUGAGUGAGUUUGGAGGAUAAAUGUUAUUUGAAUUAUUAUCAAGUAUAUUUUAUUGCACAAUAUCAAUUAACAACAUCAUGUAGUAAGUAGCCCAGACAUCCAAGGUAAGAAAUUGAGUCGGUUAGAAAACCUCGGUGUAAAAUUAAUGGAUAGGGAAAUACUGUGACACAGUAUGCUGUCUUUGUUUCGAUAGGUUACGUUCAAAUCUAUAAAAAAAACACCCUGAGGCGAUAUUGAGAUAACAGAACGCGAAGAGAUAGAGAUAACAUGCACGAGGCAUUUCACGUGGAUUUGUCAUGCCAUUUUUGCUGAAAGCCAUGAAGACGGUGCUAGUUUUCCAACAUAGAAGUUUCUUUUAUGGAAAAACGGUUCUUGAACCAAAGCUAUGGAAACUUUUCCUUCCUCCACAAGGCGAUAUAGAUUCAUAAUGGCUGUACGUUUAUGCUGAAGAAUAAUUUGUGCUACUCUAACCAUACUCGAUCACACCACUACAAAUUUAAUCAUCAGCACUUAUUAUACAACAACUAAAAGAUAUCAAACACGUUGGUUUAUAAUCGCCUAUAGCGAACCCCAAAAAGGGUAUUAGGGACAUGGCCUUUAGUUGAACCCCACGAUUUGCGAAAAACAAAUCGCUAGAUUCGCUUUACAUAGCAAGGGUCGGACACACGACACUCCGUGCACAACUGGCGUAUUUUAGUCAUGAACUCCUGUUUUCAGUCGCCCCAUACGACAUGGGAGCCGAAGCCCAGUAGAUCAAUUCUUGGCUGAAAUAGUUCAACCCGUGGCAUACUACACGGCCUCUAGCCUGGUUUCGUUCGGUUAAAUAUAAUAGACUGUUAUCAACCUCCCAGUUGACCACAAAGGCUUCUGUUGUUAGUCGCCUCUUACGACACGGGAACAGAAACCCAGUGGGUCAAAUCGAUGCUGAAAUACUUCGAGAGCUUUCAACCCGCCGGAUACCGCACGGCCAUGCAACACUGUUACUGAGGCUGAUUACAUAUUGAUUUCAAAAUGGCCGGCAUAGUUAUAGCUUUAGUGUGGGAUAUACUGGUGCGGCGACGCUAGUGUUUUACGAGGACUGUUAUCAACCUCCCAGUUGACCACAAAGGCUUCUGUUGUUAGUCGCCUCUUACGACACGGGAACAGAAACCCAGUGGGUCAAAUCGAUGCUGAAAUACUUCGAGAGCUUUCAACCCGCCGGAUACCGCACGGCCAUGCAACACUGUUACUGAGGCUGAUUACAUAUUGAUUUCAAAAUGGCCGGCAUAGUUAUAGCUUUAGUGUGGGAUAUACUGGUGCGGCGACGCUAGUGUUUUACGAGGUUCAUUAGAGUGACUCGAAAAUGACAUUUUUCAGCACAGCACUUUUUAAGUUCCUUUUGUGGUCCCAAAUGCCUGUGCAAGGUUUGGGAGCGGUCGGUUGCUUCCCGGGUUUGCGCAUUGCGUUCAAAGUUUGCAUGGGAUUUUAUAUGGGGAAAACAAUUAUUUUGCAUUUACUGUAUUAACGAUCGCAAUUUCACUCAAUAUGAAAAACCAGCUUUAUAAAACUAUAGUCCAAACCUUGGUUAACAACUUUGUCGAAGACGGUAACUAGCUACGAGUUUUCAAAAAAUAGUUAUAACGAUUUUAAAAUUUAAUCAUUUUGGUUCAAUCCAAAUGCAGAAAAUUAUUAUUUCUUCCAACACUGUCAGUACACCACCGACACCGAUACUUUAAACUUAAAUAAAUGAGAAUGUAGUCAUCUCAGAGACUUGGUACCUUUGAAUGAAAUGUUCAGAAUGAAUUGCUGAAUAAUAUAGACGUAGUCAGAAAAUGAAUAUAAGAGGACUUGUGUAUUCCCCACUCCCCUUUUUAGAUAGUUUAGUAUAACAUAAGGAGCUAUCUUCAACGCAGGUUAAUACCGCCGAAUUAAAAAUUAAUCUUACGUGUUUGAGUGCUACAAUAUGAGGGCUCUACUAUUAUCUCAUUUUAAAUGGUACAACGGUUUAUAAGUUUUACAUAUUUUAAAAUCCUAUUUCUUACGUUAAGUUUCAGAAUUUAAAAACAUGCAUAUCCUUAGAUUCUUUGAAGCCUCGGAAUUGUUUCUAUUGACGUUUUCAUUUGAGCAUCUAGGAAUGAAACCUGGAUAGUUACUUCAAACAAACGUUUUUUGAUGAAAUUGGGUUAGGUUUACGCAAAACAGUGGUGAUGUUGGCGAACUAGAAAUAUACUUCAGGUUAGAACCCAACGCGAUUUCCAGACCACCUGAAUUAGUUUUAGCCUCAAGCAAAAACAACAUAUAAAUUUGUAGGUGUAAAUCCUGAAUAUUGUAAAUGUUUUUUUCCACAGCAAAGAUUGUAGCACUCGUUCACAUUUACAAGGACGUAAUGAUUUUUUGUCUUAUACAAAACAAUUUAAAUAAAGGACUGGGGAGUACUCAAGCCCCCCUCUUCUUUUCAUUUUCUGACUACGUCUAUGUUAUUCAGCAAUUCAUUCUGAACCAUUCUGUCGAAGGUACCAAGUCUCUGCGAUCAAUAUAUUAUCAUUUAUUUCAGUUUUUAUUGUCGAUGUCGGUGGUGUACUGGCAGUGUUGGAAAAAAUAAUCAAUUUCUGCAUUUGGAUUGUACCAUAAGUUUUAAAAUAGUUGUAACUAUUUUUGAAAGCUCGUAGCUAGUUACCGUCUUCGACACAGUUGUUAAACAAAGAUUGAACUAUAGUUUUAUAAAGCUGGUUUUAAAUAUUGAGUGAAAUAGCGAUCUUUAUUAACGUAAAUGCAAAAUAAUUGAUUUUCCUACAAAAAAUCCCAUACAAACUAUGAAAGCCAUGGGCAAACCCGGGAAGUUACCAACCGCUACCAAAUUUUGUACAGGCAUUUGGGAUCACAAAAGGAACUCAAAAAGUGCUGUGCCCGCUAGUUUAAACCAUUUUGAAGUUUUCCCAUACAUCCGCGAGCCACUCUAAUGUUCAUACAUUUGUUCGAACAUAAAAUCUAUCGUAAUGUUUUCAAUUCUCAUCUAACCCAAAGCCAAACCAUUCCUGAUUUUAUGUCAAAUUUAUUCAAGUUUUCAUAUAGCUGAUAUUACUAAAAAUACCGGAUGAUCUAGACUGAGCUGAAUCUAUUGUUUUGUUUCAUUCUACAAAAAUAAGUGCAAAAAUAUUUAUGUUAAAAGACCCAAAAAGAGGCACUUAUUGUAACUUAGGAGUGUGUGUGAAGAAGGUUAAUAAAACUCAAAUUGAAAGGAUGUUGCUUAUUUUGAUUAAUUUCUACAAUUCCAUUAUUCGAAUGUAAGCAAACACUGUUGAAAGCGAAACGAAAAAAAAAUCCCAAAAAAACACAAUCGGAAAAUUAUAAGAUAACAAUAACUAUUUGAGGUGUACUCACUCUCAAAGGCUGUGUUGACAAUAAUAAAAAUUUAGCCAGUAAGAAUACAUGAAAACUUAGUAAUUACGGAAUGAGAAUCAAUCGAGUUAUGGUUUUGAUAGGAAGUGGAACAUUCCGUUGUCAAUAGUUGUUGAGUUUUACUUAAUCGUGAAUUAAGGCGGAUACUAUAUUUACAAUAAUCUUACAUAACCGCAAGGACACUUUUAGUCAUAAGAUGUUUUGUUGAACUAAACCUACCAUUUAACUUAACAAGUUACGUUCAAGUAUUGUACUAUCUGUUUGCUUCAUUAAUCAUAAGCUAAACCAUUAGAAUCAUUGCGAAAGUGACAAAUACAAUAAAACCAUAGUUUGUAAGAACAUUCUGAGCGCACCUUGCAACCAGAUAGAAUAUUUAAUCGACUGUCAUGGCGAAAAACAAUAAAAACGAAUGAAAAGCGAUAAUAGGCUCAUCAAUAAAAACCCAAAUGAACAAAACGUAAGUUAAAGUGUCGAUAUUUGUGGAAGGAGAGCGACCUGUACAUACUAGUCUCGACGCAACCAAAUACAAAGUGUAUAGUAGUUACUACGCUCGUGUAGCCACGGGUUAGUUCCUUGUACAUAACCUACCGGUAGUACGCUAGAUCUUAACCAUUAGUCACUGCUUCAUUUAUACCGGAUGUAGAAUUGGUUCGAACCCAGUACUGAAAUUACAACAAUGCGGGUAUUCGUAUAUAGUUACCAGAUGUAUAAUACCGAUAAAGGUUCUUUUCUCCCUCAAAUCAAAACGGUGACCCCCAAAACGAGAUCAAUUCAAUCUUUAGUGAAAUGUAGAAACAUUUAGUUAGCUCAAAGUUGUACCAAUUGUUUCGACUGAUUCCGUUACAUUUGUGUAAAUUGUAAGCAAAACCUGUAAAUUGUCAAAAAAUGAACGUGAAAUCCAUCAGAAAUAAUUAUUUAUAUUAGGAUGUUCGUCUUGCAGCCGCAAGUUGCAUCCUCCCUUUCUAGUAGUACAUCCUUCCCACGGGCAAAUCAAACUCUAUAACUACUGUGCAGCCAUUACCGAGAAGACUUUGGAGUGUGUAGAAUAAUUACCAAAGAACGUACGCUAUCAGUUAAUGUGUCUUCGCCAAACGGUUUUAGUUCGCUAUACUUGAAUGUUGUUGAAUCUUGAAAUGUUUAUUGCGCCAUAACCGAAUCGAACUGUUUCAGAUGUUACACACUUUAAUCUGCAAAAGGAUGAAAACAAAGUAAGAGAAAUACAGUAUUUAAACAACAAACAAGAAUAUAAAGAAAAACAUUAUAUCAAACAAAUUAGUACAUAAUUGUUUUACAAUACUUAUAGAGGCAUAGAAGCCAAAGGCUAUUGACAGAAGAUAAUGGAUUCGAAUACAUACUAAGCUAAUCUAGUCUCCCGUGUAAAAACAAAAUAAAUCAAACAAAAAACUAGCAAAAACAUACUUUACCGCAUUAAGCAUAUGUAUAAUCAUGUGUACAACCUACGUUUCUUCAUCGUGUUCACAUCCAGGUAGCUUAAGGUUCGUGUAUUUAGAUCAAUAAAUGAAAUGCUGUCCCAUUGAGGUAUCGAAGCUGCAUUGCAAAAACCACCCUUGAAGUGAAAGCCCUGUGAAAGGCUGUCAGGGAAUCGAACGAAAGCAAGGGGAGAAUUAAAAUCAAGACAGAUAAACGCAACAGCAAAAGUAUAUAGAAUCAAAUGAAGUAUUAAGAGACUACACAAUAAAGAUACGUAUAUUAAACUGUUGAAAA